CCCCCCUGCCGCCGGGGCUCCUGCCUCCCGCUCCCCAAAAUCUCUGAGCUUCUGACAGCAACCGGUAAAACUCUAACCGCCCUGCACCGCUCCCCACACACGUGUCACGUGUAAUAUCGGUUGGUGUGAGAUGGGGGGGCUGAACCCAGAUGCCCCGUCUCAGUCCUGCAGCGCGAGGCCGAAGCUGUUGGGUUGAAGUAUCACAUCCACACUUUGCUCCAGAUCGUCCCAUCUUGUUGGAGGCAGGGCAGGGAAAUGGCUGUGGUGAAGCCAGCUCAGAUGCUGGUGACGUUCGAGGAGGUGGCUGUGUAUUUCACUGCGGGGCAGGGGGUGCUGCUGGGCCCUGCUCAGGGAGCCCUCUACAGGGAUGUCAUGCAGAACUACGAGAUGGUGGCUGCAUUGGGCUGCAGAACACCCAUGUCUGUCUCCGGCUCAAUCCCUGGCCUGCACAGCCAGGGACAGGAAAUGGCUGUGGCGGAGCCAGUGAUUUUUGAGGAGGUGGCUGUGUUUUUUUCUGAGGAGGAAUGGGCUCUGCUGGACCUGGGCCAGAGAGCCCUCUACUGGGAUGUGAUGCAGGAGAAUUAUGAGGCUGUGAGCUGGCUGGGAUUUUCACUCUCUAAAGCUCAUGUGUUCUCCAGGGUGGACCGAGGGGAAAAGCUGCAGAUUCUGGAUCUUCAGGGCUGUAAAGAAGGAGAGAUCACCAGUGACACCCACACAGAGUUUUCUUUCAGCUAAGCAAAGGAAAUAACUCUUCUCUGGAUUCCCUGUCCCAACAGGAGGUGGGACACUGACUGAGAACCAUGAGAAGA